UUAAAGUAAAUAAAUAUAUAAUAUAAUAACUUAUGUGCAAUUGUAAAAAAAAACGUAUAAAGCUGUCAAUUUUCAAUUUCGCGCGAAAUGCAUCGCACAGUAGUGGCGCUCAGCACAAAAGGCUCGUGAAAUUUUGAUUCCCAUGUGUUUGAAGGAAAACAUAACCUAUACUAAUGUAUAAAUUUCAUAUAACUAAACCAUGAGUACACUGGUACUAACGAAGUUUCAACAAAAACAUACUUUGUCGGCGAAAAAAACGCCAAAUAAAGGAUUGCGAAACGUUUUAGCUCAGCCACAAGAUAAUUACUGGCCGAUUGUAAAUGCAAAUAAACGUUCAGGCUUGGAGGAACUUUUAAACAAGACAAUGCCAUUAAUUAAGCGUCCUGACCAUUCAAUUCCAUGGUCGAAACUAAGGCACAUGAAAAAGGAGGAACGUGCUCAAGUUAAAAGGGAAGCAAUUUCAAAGGAAGGAAGUGUACCGGACCCAAAGAUAAGCAAUUCUGUUAUUUUGGGUAUCAAUGCAAUUACAAGAGCUUUAGAGAAGGAAAAUAUAUGUUGCGUUUUAAUGGAUGCAGAUAUAGACCCACCACUUUUAGUUAAGCACAUUAUUCAAAUGGCACAAAAUAGUAAAAUACCGCUUUUACUAUUGCCUCAACUGAAAACUAUUACAUUGAGUACUAUAGGAUUUGCAUGUGCAGCUUGUGCACUUAAGAACGAUGUAAAAGAAUCUCCAGAUCAUCAUUUUUAUCCAUUAUACCAGACAAUACAUAAUAUUUUUAAGGAUAUGCCUUCACCAAAGAAUACGUUUAAAUUAAUUGAACGAAUUAAUUAUUCGGAAAAAUCGGAGUCGUACGAAACGGACGACUCUAGUAAUGAAAUGGAGUCACAGAUGGAAUCAUCAAAAACUGCUAAAUAUACAUUGUCUACCGAUGUAUAUAUGUAUAGAUCAUCGCGUAAAGAAAGAGCGUUUGUUCCACCAAUCGCAACAGAAAAUUCGAAAGCAGCAGAUACGAGCGACUUUAUUUCGUUAGGUAAUGAUGAUGUUGAGAACGAUACAUAUGUUGAAAAGAAUUCAAGAUAUAUGAAUAUCCAUAAACGCAAGAAUUCUGAAAACCAAGAACAGCAAAACUCCGAAGAUGUUACUUAUUUCCCGCUAAAAGUAAAACGUAUACAGGGUAAUCCCAAUCGCGUGAAGGCUACUAAAGCAGCGAAACAAAAGAAAAAAAGUUAGUAAUUUUCGAUUAAUAAUGCAUCAAUUUUACAUAUAUGUAUUUAAAAAGAAUUAAGGUAUAAAUAAUUACUAGACCAUUUAUAUAGUUAAUGAAUAUGAGACCAUGUAUUUAUUAUACAGUUACAAUGAAUGCCCAAUAUGUAAUACAAUGUACAGAAAUAACGAAAAUGUACUUUGUACAAAUAUGAAUACAUUAUAUACAAAAGUUGUAUCUAUGAUAUAACUUAAUGAUAGUUUUUUUAAUUUAGAGUUACUUGAAUUGUUAUAUUUGAUAAAAAUUUGUUUCUAAUUCAUUCACUUUUACAUGCAAAUAAAACUGUUAUAUACAUCACAUAGAUUUGAUUAUGUAAUAGAAAAGUCAGUCUUUUGUACAUUUCAUUAAUAA